UUGAACAAUCAGAAGCUAGCACACUCAAACCAGAGAGACAUAGGAAUGUGACCCUCAAAAGAUGAUUUCCAGACUCUGGGAAGGAUUUCAGCCGCGUCCGAUUCCGAGGCAUCCAGGCAUCCUCCAUGGGCACCUACGUUCCCACACCAGGACCCCUCCAUUGGCUUUCAGGAAAGAGUGGCCUAAGCUGGCGGCGCAGAGUUGAGUUUACUCGGGCGCGACGGGUUUCCUUACAGGAUCUUCGUGAGCUGGUGGGAGCUGCAGGGGUAACCGAGAAGGGCUCCUGGCGCUGUUGGCGCUGCGGUCUUCGGGACCCCCCCCUACCCGCGACCGUACCCCACUUCGCCCGGCUCCCGGUGCUCUGCAGCCGCAGGCCCGCUCCCGGAAGUCGUGGCAGCUGGUAACAAAGAGCCUGCCAGGCCGCCGCUGCCCGGGCUGCGGGAUACAGGAGUCCGGCUGAGCUGCUGGGGGUGAGCGCGAGCCGGGCCAUGAGUCCAGGUUCGUGGUGGUGAGGGGCGGCGGCCGGCGGCCGAGGCGCUGGUCCGAGUCGAGAGGCCGGUGCCUCCCUCCUCGCCACCCCCGGGAGUCGGGGCGCAGGUGCCUCUGCUCUCCCGGCCGCUCCACCCGGGAAACCGGCUUGACGACCUUCCCCCGGCGGCGCCUGGCCUUCAGCUGCAGGGGACCUACGCUCAGCACCGGCUGCCGAAUCCCGGGUUUCUCUGCGGGACUCAGAGAGGACCCGGCUCUUCUCCGAGCGGUCCUGAUGCUUUGUGCAAAGAAGCUGGGGGAGCCUGACGGUUUCUGUUUUUUAAAAAAAAUUUUUAUAAGUUUCGAUUUUUAGGAAUUUUUGCAGACUUUGAAGUACUCUCUACCUCUUCGCAUCCUUUCUUCUGCUCCUGGAGUCUUUUUCCUCCUAAUUAUUUUUACUAUCAGAGCAGACCAGGGAUGAACGUUUUGUAAUUGAAAGUGUAACUGUUAAAACCACGUCGAGAUAGUAAUCAAGAUGGACAAAAAGUCCUUUGAAACGGUGCUGGAUGAAAUUAGAAAGGCUGUUUUGACGGAGUACAAGUUAAAAGCAAUCGAAUAUGUGCAUGGAUAUUUUUCUAGUGAACAGGUGGUUGAUUUAUUGAGAUAUUUCUCCUGGGCUGAGCCUCAGUUGAAGGCAAUGAAGGCAUUACAGCAUAAAAUGGUGGCUGUUCACCCAGCAGAAGUGGUCAAUAUACUCAAUUGUUUCACCUUCAGUAAAGACAAACUAGUUGCUCUUGAACUGUUAGCUUCAAACAUUGUUGACGCCCAGAAUGCUCGUCCCAUUGAAGAUUUAUUCAGGAUCAAUAUGUCUGAGAAGAAACGAUGCAAGAGAGUACUUGAACAGGCUUUCAAGGGGGGCUGCAAAGCUCCUCAUGCUAUGAUCUCUUCUUGUGGAACAAUCCCAGGAAAUCCAUAUCCCAAAGGAAGACCUAGUCGCAUAAAUGGAAUUUUCCCAGGAACCCCUUUGAAAAAAGAUGGUGAAGAAUGUACUAAUGAAGGCAAAGGAAUAGCUGCACGGAUUCUUGGACCAUCCAAACCACCUCCUUCAACGUACAAUCCACAUAAACCUGUUCCUUAUCCAAUACCUCCAUGCCGGCCACAUGCAACUAUUGCACCAAGUGCUUAUAACAAUGCAGGUCUGGUACCGUUGGCCAGUGUCAUAGCUCCAGGUGUGCCCCCUCCACCUCCAUAUACUCCUAAUCCAGUAGGAACAGAAAAUGAAGACCUUUCCAGUCAGUCAAAAUCUACACAGAAUCAAUUAUUUUCUACACCAGCCAGUCAACUCUUUUCUCCUCAUGGUUCUAACCCUUCAACACCUGCUGCAACUCCCCUCCCCACUGCAUCCCCGGUCAAGGCAGUAAAUCUCCCCUCAGCAUCAGCAACCGCCACCAUUUCUGGGAUGAACAUGCCGAAUACUGUCCUUCCUGUGUUCCCAGGGCAGGUCUCCGCAGCCGUUCACGCACCACAGCCAUCAACGCCAAAUCCAACAGUUAUCAGGACCCCUUCGCUGCCUGCUGCACCUGUCACUUCUGUCCACAGUACAACGUCUGCUCCUGUUCCUUCAGUUUUUUCUGGGCUAGUUGCACUGCCAGGUCCUUCUGCUGCUCCUGUCCCAGCCCCUCAGGCCACACCCACACCUCGGGCCACUCCUGCUUCCAGUGAAAUAUUUGCCUCUACUUCUGCCCCCUUCACUAGCCUCCCUUUCUCUGCCACCUCUACUGCUGCUUCUACCAACAACCCAAGUUCUGCUUCAUUGUCCUCAGUCUUUGCAGGGCUCCCCUUGCCCUUAACACCAACAUCCCAAGGCGUAUCCAACCCAACUCCUUCUGUAAUUGCCGGUGGUUCUGCUCCUGGUGUUGCUUGUCCACUUGGUGUAAAUAAUCCUCUUCUGUCUGCUUUAAAGGGCUUUCUGACGUCAAAUGAUACCAAUUUAAUCAACCCUUCUGCUUUAUCUUCUGCCGUUACAAGUGGGCUGGCUUCUCUGUCUUCUCUUACUAAUCAGAACUCUGAUUCUCCUGCUUUAGCUGCUAACAAGUGCUAUGCCCCAUCAGCCAUUCCCGCCCCACAGAGGUCUUCCACUCCAGGGUUGGCCAUGUUCCCAGGCCUGCCAUCUCCUGUGGCUAAUUCAACCUCCACUCCCUCUACUUUGCCUGUGCAGUCUCCUCUAGCUACUCCUACAUCAUCUUCGACUUCAGUGCCAGUUAGCUGUGGUUCCUCAGCUACCCUUUUGCAUGGCCCCCACCCAAGUAACUCAGACCUUCACAUUUCAUCUGCCCCUACUGUAACAACUCUUUCUGUUAUGAUCAAAACUGAGCCCACGAGUCCUACUCCCUCAGCCUUCAAAGGCCCAUCUCAUUCCGUGAAUCCCUCUCAUGGCACUUUAGGUUUAUCAGGGACAUUGGGUCGUGCAUAUACUUCAGCAUCAGUGCCCAUCAGUCUAUCUACUUGCCUUAAUCCUGCAUUAUCAGGUCUCUCCAGUUUGAGUACUCCCUUGAAUGUUUCAAACCCCCUCUCCUCUAUCUCCCUUCCUCCACAUGGUUCCUCCACUCCCAUCACUCCAGUAUUCACUGCUCUUCCUCCUUUCACUUCUUUGACCAAUAAUUUCCCUUUAACUGGCAACCCGACUCUUAAUCCGUCAGUAUCUCUUCCAGGAUCGUUAAUAGCCACCUCAUCUGCAGCUGUCACCUCCGCGUCUGUCCCUCAUCCUAGUUCGACAGCGGCCGUUCUCUCAGGGCUUUCUGCCUCAGCACCCGUCUCAGCAGCGCCUUUCCCCCUCAACCUGUCCACUGCUGUCCCCUCACUUUUUUCAGUUACUCAAGGACCUCUGCCGUCUUCAAAUCCCUCCUACCCUGGCUUCUCUGUCGCUAACACCCCUGGCGUCACCCCUGCUCUCCCUUCGUUCCCGGGGCUGCAGGCGCCAUCUACAGUGGCAGCCGUCACACCACUUCCCGUUGCUGCCACAGCCCCAUCACCAGCUCCCGUCCUCCCAGGAUUCGCUUCAGCAUUUAGUUCCAACUUCAACUCUGCCCUUGUUGCACAAGCCGGCUUAUCAUCGGGACUUCAAGCUGCAGGCAGUUCUGUUUUUCCAGGCCUUUUGUCCCUCCCAGGUAUCCCCGGGUUUUCCCAGAAUGCUUCACAGUCAUCCCUGCAGGAAUUACAGCAUAAUGCAGCUGCACAGUCAGCACUGCUACAGCAGGUUCACUCAGCUUCGGCUCUGGACAGCUAUCCAGCUCAGCCGGAUGGAUUUCCUAGUUAUCCUUCAACACCAGGAACACCAUUUUCUUUGCAAACAGGCCUGUCCCAAAGUGGGUGGCAGUGAAUAUAUUUUAAUUUGUAUUCUCUUUUGGAGCAACAUCACAAUUGCCUAAGGACUGCAGUGAACUGUCUGACAAAUGUGAAGUUGACCAGAAGUCAGAAAAUGAGAAUGAGGGUGAUCCUAGGAAAACGGGGAUAAGAGUUUAAAAAACAUGGUUGCAUUUUUUUAAAUGGUUUUAAAUAAGAACACUCCCCUAUGUAAAUAUACUGACAAUACAUUAUAUGGGGAAUAGUAUUAAAAAACUAUUUGGGGACUUUUGACCUCUCACCCAAUGAAAUUUUGAGUCGUGUCUGUAAUCUAUGUAGGAAGAAUACUAAAGAGGAGGUUGAACUCUUUAUAGCCGAAUACAGCCUUAAAUCUGCUCGUACAGCAUCCACUGACGGAAGUAAUAGUUGUGCCUCUGACUUACGGGUUGCGUGUGGCCCUUGGCGUGCAUGAGUGGUUCCUGUUGCAUCAUGGGAACUCUGUACUCCAUGUGUAUCCACAGACAGGAACUGGAGACCCACCAUUAUCUUUCAUUUCUGACAUUAAUGA